AGUCAAGCCGUUUCACGCACCAGUUCUUCCGCGUCGCUGGACGAAUAAAAGACAGUUCAGUUCAUCUCAAACAUAAGUUAAUUAAUCGUUGAUAUUUGAAUUUUCGAACGUGACAAUGUAUACACAAACACGUCAACAAACAUUAGACGAUGAGAAAAUAGAAAAUAACAGCUUUUUCCUUAGCAGUUCGCCUCCAGAUAAGCCGAAACUGAUUCAUGGCGGGAAUUAUAUCAAAGAAGGCAGAGAUUCAGCUAAAAGCACUUGCUUAAUUUUUUCUCCGAAAGAAGAAGAUGAAGUUGGUUCGCUGGGAAAAUAUCUUCAACUCUUCGCGAAACACAAAGUAAAUCUCUUGCACAUUGAAUCCAGAAGUUCUCUUCGACGACCAGGUUAUGAGUUUAUGGUGGACUGUGCACCAGGAGGUAAUAUAGCUUCUGCAAUUGAAGCUUUACGAGAUCAAUGUAGCUACUUUUCGAUAAUUUCCAGAAAUCACAAAGACAAUAUGAAUACAGUACCAUGGUUUCCGAGGAGAAUACGCGAUCUCGAUAAAUUUGCUAAUCAAAUUUUGUCUUAUGGCGCUGAACUUGACAGUGAUCAUCCUGGUUUUACGGAUCCUGUAUAUAGAAAAAGAAGGAAAUAUUUUGCAGACAUUGCUUAUCAUUACAAACACGGACAACCUAUCCCAAAAGUGGAAUACACGCCUGAAGAAAUAGCUACAUGGGGAGUAGUCUUCAAAAGCUUGACUAAGCUUUACCCAAAAUACGCGUGCAGAGAGCAUAACCACGUUUUUCCACUGCUUGUUGAAAAUUGCGGCUACCGAGAAGACAACAUACCUCAACUAGAAGAUAUAUCCAAUUUCUUGAAAGACUGUACCGGCUUUACACUUCGCCCAGUGGCAGGACUAUUGUCCUCACGUGAUUUUUUAGCUGGAUUAGCCUUUAGAGUGUUUCACAGCACGCAAUACAUACGACACAACAGUAAACCACUUUACACUCCAGAACCGGAUGUGUGCCAUGAGAUUUUGGGUCAUGUGCCACUCUUCGCCGAUCCAGCUUUUGCACAAUUUUCACAAGUUAUUGGUUUAGCAUCUCUUGGUGCUCCAGAUGAAUAUAUAGAGAAACUUGCAACGUGUUUUUGGUUCACGGUAGAAUUCGGAAUAUGUCGUCAAAAUGGAGAAUUAAAAGCAUACGGAGCUGGUCUACUCUCAUCUUUCGGCGAAUUAGAAUAUUGUUUGAGCAGCAAGCCAGAGCUUCGACCUUUCGACCCACCGAAGACUGCAUUGCAGAAAUAUCCGAUAACGGAAUAUCAACCCGUAUACUAUGUUGCUGAGGAUUUUGAGGACGCAAAAGAAAAGAUGACAAAAUUUGCUCAAAGCAUACCAAGAAAAUUUGGAGUGAGAUACGAUCCUUAUACACAGAGUAUCAGUAUUAUUGACAGCAAACAACAAGUAGAAGCUCUUGUAAAUAAUGUGAAUCAGGAAAUAGAAAUUUUGAUGGACGCAUUGAAGAAAUUGCACCAUUAAAAUCAGUUUUAUUCUAUAUUAUUUUUACAUAAUGUAUGUAGAUAUAUAUACAUAUACUAAAAUAAUAUCACAAUUUAUGUAUGUACUUUUAAUGAAAUAUUAUUGUAUUGUUAUGUUGUAGAAGUAAUAUGUUUUUAUUAAAAUAAUUAAUAAAAAAAUAAAGAAAAUAUUUUAUAAAAAUAAACGCUUUGCUUUAUUUUUUAAUUUCAAAAUAUUAAUUAUUAAUAAAUAUUAUACAUUAUGUCUUUUAAUUCCUUGUUAGCAAGAAAGUAGCAAAGUAGCAAAAUUUAUACAAUUGUUUACAAAAA